AAUUUAAACGUGUUUUUGCUUGUAUUAAUAUAAACAAACGAAACGCUGCUCGUCGCGAUCGGUGCACCAAUUUUUUGUGUUUCUGUGAUUUAUAUUGAUUUAUAAUCCGGGUUGCGUUGUUUUUGUGGAAAUUAGUUAAUUAUGGAGUCAAAGGAUGAUGCACCAAAAAAUUGGCUAAGAUGUAAUCUUUGCUUUUGCCUAAUGUGCAAAUCCAAAGAUCCUUUCUCCCUCAUGUUUUGCGACCACAUUUUCUGCAAAAACUGUAUUGGAAAAGCAAGAAAGCAAUGCCCUCAAUGCAAAACUGAAAACGCUCCGUCAAUGGUUCUUCAAGAACCACUAAAGCCAAAAAUAAAACACUGUUUUGAAUCUAAGGAACAACUUUCUGAAAAAUUGAGACAAGCGACUCUCUUUCACGAAAUGCAACGCGCUUUGAACUGCAAACGUCUCAAUGUCCUCGAGAAAAAGUACGCUCUUGUUAAAAGGGAAUACUAUAGAAAAGCGAAGGAGGUCGAGAUUCUGAAGGAAAAGUAUGAAAAUUUGUUGAAGAUUGAUCAAAAUCUUCACAAACAUGUUGAGGAAUUUGAAUCGAAAAAAACGAGUCAUUCGCAAAAAACCAGUUUUAUGACUCCAAUUUCAAGUGUUUCUUCGAUUAUUGGCAGUUCUCAAAGCAUCAGUUCCUGCAGUUCUGUGAGAACUCGAAGCCAGUCCUCGAUACCGGAACAUCUUCUGCAGGCAAGUUCCAAAUCUUGCAAAAAAUCCCAGAUUUGUCUGAAUUUGCAGAAAGUCUUCAAGUGCCAGAAAUACUUCGAGAAGAGCUCCAAUCUUCUCCAAUUACACUCUCAGCUCCAACUUAAUUUAAAUUACAAAACAACCCAUUACAUGGCCUAAAAACCAUUUUCUCUUUCAUUUUUAUAUCAAUUUUCUCAUUUUAAAAUUCAAAGUUUAUAAAUUAUUAUUCUUAAUUAUUUAUUAAAAAAAAAAAAAAUGGUUUUCUAAUUUGUUAUCUUUAAUCAUAAAGAGUACCAGAGAUAUAAUUUAAUUUACCCAUUUUCAGUAAAUCGGUCAUUUUAAUUUAAUAAAUAAAUUGUUA